UCCAACAAGAAGGAGAGCGCGAGAGUAGUGAGAUCCGCCCACAUUCCGGUGAAGCCAAGGCGCAACACGCGGAGGGAGUUCGCCGUCGCACGGCAGCCCAGCCGCGCGCGUCUCUUCAGCGUGCCUGGGAGUUGGAGCGACGCUAGGCGUGCAGCCAACGUUCCCUACGCGCGUGUAGCCACGUGAUUUCUGACGUUGUCGUGCGUCGUCAGCGACGCCGCGAUUACGGCAACAUCCGCCAAAGCCGCGGCAAGGCAGCAAAAGUAGCGACUCCCCACUUUAAACUGCGAACGGUUUGGAGUGUCCGUAAGCCAACGCGAAAGAAACAGAAGAACCUUCGUACUUGCUAAGCAAGUCGGGGUGUGUUCUUUUGCUGUGAGAGUGAGGGCGUGGUACGCGUCGUCGUCUGCUGCUGCACAUCCUCCCUGUUUUUUGUUCUUUUUAUGCCGUCUGUUUGAUGUGAGAACCUGAGUGCUCUUCGGGAGCGACGUGCGGUGAGUCCCGGUGACACUUUAGCCGGUGGCGCGGCGGGCCGGUGUAGAAGUGUGUUCUAUCGCGUGUGUGCUGAGCGAUCAGGUGGUUGCCCUGCGACAGCAGUGACCGACCGUGACUCCUACCUACCUACUCACCUACCUACCGGAGACGCGUCGUCAACUGAGGAGUGCUUACAUUCCACACCAGGCAUGGCCCGGAAUUCCGGACUCAGCCGGUUAUGACCUUAGUUGAGCGUGCGAAGCACUCCGACGUGGGUCGAACCAGCUCAGCGAUGUUUACCCAUUGUGUGAGACGGAGAUGGACGCUGCUGGGCGUGGUGACGCUGUUAGCGUGCGCUUACACAGGCGACGCGGCUGACAUCCGGCACUUUCAGGCUCCCGGAGGCCCUGUGCAAAAUGUGAUAUACGUUUCCCUGGAUCGUAAUGGCGACGCGGUGAUCGUCGGUGGUCGAAACGCUCUCUACAAGCUCUCCGCGGACAAUUUCUCGCUCGAGGCCACUCAAAGCACGGGCCCCCAAAAUGACAGCAUCACGUGUCGUCCGUAUCCCAAAGAGUGCAGCGACAGCCGGACCUUGACUGACAAUGACAACCGAGUCCUGCUCCAGUUCGGCACGCACGCGGUCAUCCUGGCCUGCGGAACCACGUCGCAGGGCAUCUGCUCCUGGCACCAGCCCCUGCGUGGGCUCAACGUCAGCAAGUAUAUGAACAACGAAUUGGUAGUCAACUAUGUGGCCUCGAAGGACAGCACUGUCGCCUUCUUCAACGGCAACCCAGGGACGCUGUUUGUUGGCUCCACGUACGACGGCAGACCCCUGGAGUACCACCCUUACGCAGUGUCCGCCAGGGUGCUGGAGAAGUCCGACUCAUUCAAGCUACGCGCUUUCGAACAGUCUGUGGCGUCCUACGUGAACGUGAACGAGCGAUGGAAGAAGUCGUACCGCGUCAAAUACGUUUACGCUUUCAGCCACAACGGAUUCGCCUACUUCGUCACGGUGCAGAACAAGGGCGCCUCCCUGGAGUCCUUCGAGACGCGGCUGGCGCGCGUGUGCGAGAGUGACGAUUCGUUCCUGACGUACAUGGAGGUACCCAUCGAGUGUCCGAAAGACGCCGGUCUGCGGUACACCAUCGCGACCAGCGCAUCGCUGGGGCCCUCGGGCAUGUCGAAGGUCCUCGCCGUGGCCUUCGGUAGUCCCUUCGGCGGCCGCAUGGAUAUUAACGACCCGGGACAAGGCUCCGCGCUGUGCUUCUUCGAUAUGAACGAGGUCGAAGCUGCCUUCCGCGUAACCGUCGAGAACUGCAACCAGGCCACGUCGAAGGCGAAGCUGUCGCGGCUCUUGCACGAGCCGCAGGCGGAACUGAAGUGCACCCGUUACAAUCCGAGUGGUGACAUCCUGUGCUCGCCUGGCGUGAACAACUACAUCGAAGGCAUGCUUCCGCUCACCGGCGCAGCUGCCAUCACGCUGGACAGAAGGCUGGCGACAUCCGUUACUGUCAUGCAGCAGAACGGCACUACUGUCAUUUGGGUGGGUGACCACGUGGGAGUCCUAUACAAGUACAUUCUUCACGGUGAGUCUUCGAAGCUGCUCUUCUCGAAGGACCUCUCCGACGGUGAAGGCAUUCCUAUUGGCAAGAGCACUGCCGUGGACACAAACGGCAUUUACGGCUAUUUCCUCAUGGGUGACAGGGUGGUGCGUUUUCCCGUCGGUUCCUGCAGUAUCUACGACACGUGUUCGCAGUGCAUGCGAAGUCACGAGGACCCGCUGCGCUGCGGCUGGUGCGGAGACCAGUGCGCACACUACGGCGAGUGUCGAGAGAGCGAGAAAUUCGACACCGGUCGCUGCCCCAUACGACUGGACAGCGUCUCUCCGACCAAGGGCCCCACAACGGGUGGCACCUUGCUCACUUUCCAAGGCGACAACUUCGGAGACCCCCAUCACAAGCCCGGCAGCAGCAUCGAGAUCACAGUGGGCGACCACACGUGCGACAUCAUCCAGUGGAGUUUCACGCUGGUCCAGUGCAAAACGCCGCCUGGCCAAUACGGCACCAAAGCGGAUAUCAUGAUAUCCGUAAAUGAUACUCACUGGGACGACAUGAAGAAAUACGACGUUCAGGACCAGCGCACCAUUGCCGAGGGCUUCGAAUAUGAGGUUGCGACUUUCACUGGCUUGCAACCAAACUACGGACCCGCUUCAGGCGGAACCAACAUAACUCUCCACGGAGUAAACCUUAACAUCGGGUCGCAGCAGACCGUCACCAUUGGUGAGAGCCCGUGUAGGAUAUACAGGAGCGAAAGGAAGUUCCUCCAGUGCACGACCACUGCCGCGCCCGCAGAAAGUGUCCACAAAGACGUGCAAGUCACUCUCACCAUAGACGGCACCGAGGUUCCCUUCGUCCAGGACGGCGACAGCAGUUCAUUGUUCACCUACAGGCCGGACCCAGAGAUCACAGACAUCUCGCCUAAAACAGCCACAUUCAAGGGCAACACCACCAUAGUGGUGAGGGGUGCUCAUCUGGACAGUGUUUACGAGCCUGUCAUGGUAACGAGGCUGACAUCUCUCAACCACAAGAGGCACGAGUACAUCAGAAAGGUCUGUCGUGCUGUGGAAGGUGGCGAACGGAUGCUGUGUCCCGUGUCGUCGCUCAAGGAUUCCACCGUGAUCAGCCCCGCGCAGUUGGAAGCACACCUGCUGCCCAUUUUGGUGCAGGUUAAGUUCGAGCUGGACGGUCUGCACCUGCCGAAUCGCCCGGACGCGUCGGAAGGCCACUUCAACUUCGUAUACAGGCCGUCGCCGCGUUUCGACCGCUUUCCAGAAGAAGGGUUCGGCAUCAACCCCGACAAGCCCACCGUACAGAUCACAGGAAACCACUUCGAAGUCCUCCAGGACAGUGACCAGGUGUCUGUCCGAGUCGACGGUAUUGACAAUGCGUGCAACGUCACCACCAUCAGCUCUGGUGUCAUCGUGUGUGUCCUGAGGCCUGGUAUGCUCGACGAGAACUUGCCUCACUCCCUCGACAUUGUGUACGCGGGUAUGAGUUAUCCGGUGGGUGCCGUCAAGCUUGUGCCGGACCAGUCCGGCGUCAACACGGGAGUCAUUGCCGGCGUUGUCGUCGCGGUGUUUCUCAUCGUGCUCAUCGCAGUGGGACUGUUUUUUUACCAACGACGUGGCGCCAAGAAGGCACCGCCGCCGGGUUACUUCGUCGACUUCGACAACCGUCACGUCGAGAACGGCGCCAGAGGAGGCGGGGCUAACAGCGACGUCGCCCCUACGGGUCCGCCACAAAUUCAGGGCUACGUGCAAGGCAGCGAGGCCGACGCCCGACAGGCCCUCAUCAGCUCGCCCUUCCAGAUCGAUGAAGAAACGAAGCUUAUGCUGGAAUCCGAGAAACUUCUGUUCAAGCGGGAGCACCUCGUACUGGGCCCGGUCAUUGGUCAAGGUCACUUUGGCUGUGUCUACCGGGGUACCCUGGAGCUGGAAGGCAAGGGCGAAGUUCAGCAAGUUGCUGUCAAAACUCUUCACAACAAUGCAGCAGAUUCUCGUUGUGGCGAGGCUGACGGCCAGGCUUUCCUCGAGGAGGCACUCAUUAUGAAGGACUUCCAUCACAUGAACGUUCUGCCUCUCAUUGGACUCAGCAUUGACGAAUCAGGAGGCCUGAUGGUCAUCAUACCUUACAUGAAAUACGGCGAUCUGUUAUCCUUCAUUCGAGACGAACGAAACAACCCAACUGUCAAGGAUUUGAUCACGUUUGGAAUCCACGUUGCUGAAGGCAUGAAGUACUUGGCUGAUACAAAGUUUGUGCACAGAGACCUGGCGGCUCGCAACUGCAUGCUAAGCGAAGACUUCAUCGUUCGAGUGGCCGACUUCGGUCUCUCACGCGACGUGUACGAAAAGGACUACUACAGCGGUGAUAACAAGAAGACGAAGCUUCCCGUCAAAUGGAUGGCACCUGAGAGCUUGGAGAAGGGUAUCUACAACCACAAGACGGACGUGUGGUCGUACGGUGUGCUCUUGUGGGAGCUUAUGACGCGUGGGGUGACACCGUAUCCGGAAGUUGACAACUGGGACAUCGUCAAUUUCCUUAAACAAGGACGCAGGAUGCAACAGCCAAGCUAUUGCCCAGACGAACUUUACGACAUCAUGCUGCAGUGCUGGCAGGAUGACCCCAAGCGACGACCUUCUUUCGCACAGCUGGUGACAGACGUCUCGAAUGUCAUAACAAGCCUGGAGAGGAAAAAGAGAAACAGGAGGGUUAGUCUCAACGUCACGUACGUCAACUGUCCGAACCCCGGUGCCACCGACGGGGCUGGACCCUCAACAGAGGAUUGGCCAACUGAUGGACCCUCGUAGGCAGGGUGGCACUGCGAAAGCUGCUCUUCACCACAUGGAUGCACCUCAGUUCCUAAGGAAGCCACUGCGCUGCUGGUAACAGCGCCACUGCCAACGAAUUCGCAAGAACAUAUUGCUGGACUCGUCCCAGCUCACGAUUUCUUCAAAGUGGAGAUGCUCAAACACGUUCGGAUGAUGGGAUCCUCGUGUUGCAGCUUAGACCGACAGAGUGACCGACAGUGAGAGCAACAAAGUAGCGAGUACUUAGGUUAGAAAGCUUGGGCACAAGGAGAGGUCGUCUGACAUGGAUCGUUCCUGCACCGCCAUCAGUGUGAAUGAUGCUGAAAGUGAAUGCUAUCGUGUGGCUGUGUAUUGUGAGUGCCUCGUGACUCAUCGAAAUUUCUGAGCAUUUGUGACGCACAAGCACAAAGUUUUAUUAUCAAGUCGUGCACGCUCAUUGUCAUAAAUAUUCUGACGCCAUAAUUUCUUGUGCGGAAUAGAAGUGCAUCACUACUUAACGUGGUGUCAACGUGAAGUAAUUUUGUCGUCUAUACUUAUUGUGUGAGCCUGGCUGAUGUGUACUUGUAGAUGUACGGCAAAGAUAUUGUUGUAGUGCCAAAGCUGUGCGAGGCGAUUGUCUCGUAUGUACCUCGACUGAAUGUGAAAUGCAAUUGCUGAAUGUGAAAGUGGACAGAAAACAAACGAACAAGAGCAAAGAGGGCGUCUUUUCACGAGUUGGACUUAAAGCGAAUGGUCUUUUCUGUUUCGCUGCCAUCGAUAACGGUGAUAUGCUGGCAUGCGAUCAAGUGACAGCGAUUCUGUCUUGCGUCAACUUAACAUGUGCUGACCGACACCACCGAGCUCGUCUUGUGGUGGUCAAACGUGUCAUCGCCUACGAUGAAAACUCCAAAGUGUACGUGUGAGAAGUACGAGGUGCCUCCUCGCUCUCGCGAGUUCUCAUCAUGCAAGAAGUGAAGAGAGGCCACUUCACCACUACCACCAACGUCACUCCUAAUGAACAUUUCUCGACUGAAAGACAGUCUGUGAAGUACUUCAACCAUCUGGAAUGUUCUGCCUAUAACAGACUCAGUUCAUCACACCUUUCUCUGUUCUUUGUGUACUGUGUGUGUGCCGUACAACUGAGCGGCUACACUCAGAUAGGCCACAGACCUCUGGUUAAAAUGGAGUCAUACAUCAUGUGAUGCUGUACCGCUGGUAUGACCCAAGACAAUUUCGAGCGUAAAGGGAUGCGAAAGUUAAACACUCAAUCAAAUUAGAGUUCACCACCAUAAAUUCAUUAUUAUAGCAUAAAAUGAUAUUUAUUGUGAAAUUUUGUUCUGAAAUCUCUGCACGACAUUGUAAUUUUUGUAUCACGGGUUUCAAUGUUGUUUUGGGGAAUGCAGGCAUAUUGGCUAAAAAUUGGUGAAGCUUUCCAAAUUUAUUUGUUCAUUCUCAGAAAACAGGUAACUACAUUUUUAAUUUUUACCGAUAAAUGGUUGUGUAGGCCACAGAGGACGCUGUUGAAGUCUUUGACAUUGCCACGUCAAUGUGCGGGAAGGCCAAAGUGACGUCAUCCCCCAAAAUUUCGUUUUCUCGUUUUUCACGCUUGCCAACUGACUUCAAGAGCCAUUUCUACAUUUUGAUGUGCUAAUUUGCUUUUAGCAGAAAAUGAGUUGUUCGCUUUGGUAUCCCUUCAAUGUCUUGAUGCAACAUGAAACUUGUCUUACGUUUAGCACCGUGAAUACGGAAGUAACUAUAAACCAGUCAACAUAGAGGAAGUGUUUGUGAGUCUGUGUUGGUUAGCAUCCUUGCGCUGUUCUGAGACACUAAAUGUGAAACUCGGGAUUGAUUUCGGUGCUGAUGAGGGUGCUCGUUUGGUGCCGCUUUAAGUGUUGUGCCGUAUGAAGAAGUCGAGAUUUAUCCAAAAAGUUGUCUCACCGGCGAAGUGUCCGCCCUGUUUUUUUUUUUUUUUUGUGGCACUCAUAUACAGAUGCGAUGUGGACACAUAUCUGGGUUACAAUCUUUCAAAAACGGGAUGUCAUGUGUACCCCUUGUUAUCUGUUGCUGUUGGUGUAUUGUUGUUGUUUGUUGUGUACUGUUAGAUGUCUUCAAGUAAGUAUCUAAGAAAACUGUGCCAGUUCUACGGGCUAUAUGAUUGGGCUUUUCCCUUUUGUACGAUACUUGACAGUUUGCAAGCUGUCAAAAGCUGGAAAAAAUGGUUGACGGCUUUGUGAGGUCAACUUUGUAAUAUGCCAUCUAUUGAAAAUGACGAGCGUAAUAUAACUUUUAAUAUGAGGCAUUUUAAUUUCAGAAAGAAUUAUUGAAGCACACCAUGACAUACAAAUAGGGAGCAUAAAUAAAGAUGUGCAGCGGAAGUCGCAAUGCUGGCUUAAACCAAAAAAGUGUAGUGUGUAUACAAUCGGCAUGUGUGUAAUUGUUGAAUCAUUCACACAGAUGAUUCCACGCUUCAUGAAUAUGAAUAAUAAUUUGUUCAUUCUUCUUUGAUUCAAUUUAGGUAGUUUUUUGUUACAUGUCGUCUAUAGUAUAUACAAUGAUCCUGAGAAUGGUCACUGUGUUGGGCCUUUGUUUCGAGAUCACCAGUUAUUUUGCUAUAUAUGCAUGGUUGCUAUAGCUUAUUUUUAUUUUGUCUGGCGAGGUAUAUAAUGGCACUGAGUAAGCCUGACCAGUGAAUGGAAUCGUCAGAGGUGUUUUUCUGCUCUAAUUGGCAAAUGUCUGUCGUAAAGGUAGCUGUUUUGCUGUUGAUGGCAUAGAAGAAUGAUUUGUUUUUUGUUUACAUUCCGUGAGCGAAGCUUUGUAGUUAGGUUACUACAAUGUCACCAUUAGAUGUCAUUUUCAUGCAAGAAAGUAAGAUAUAUCUUAGCCAUUCUCCAUGCAUUGUUGAGCGUGCUAUUUUACUGUCUGUCCCUAAAGCUACACAAGAAAACGUGUAAGUGGUAACAGAGUUAUCGCGUCGCACUUCACCUUUCGUUUUAGACAUACGAGAGGCCAGUGUAAAAAACAAUACGGAAAGAAGAAUGUUUACAGUGAUAUGCGAAUAGAGUGAAGCGAUGCUCGUACAUUUCAAGGGCCUCUUAUUUUAUGCAGACUGCAAGUUUUUUAAGCGUUUAAAAAUGCACGCGACGGAUAUUGGUGCGUACUGGAUUUAUCUUUAUUCUUACCGAGCGGUAGUGCGAACUGCGAGAUAUAUUGAUACUGUAAAAAAAUGAGACGUGGCUUGCCUGUGAGGACAUGGCAGGCUAGGUCCGUGUUUGGCGUGCACGCGCACUGAAUAUUCUUUUCGAUGCCUUACUUCUAGUAGCUAGGUAGUAAAAAAAGAAAAAAAAGAGACUAUACCAUUUUGUGUCAUGAUGAUUCGCUUUAUAAAGCCCAAUAACAUAAAAUGUGGGCCUCAAAUAACAAACUUGGAUUGUGUCGCUGUCAUCACACCGGUGUGCUUACCACACAUGGACUGCGUGGGGGGAAUUUUCAGAGCAACUACAUAAUGGUGGACUUCCGUUUAAGUCGACUUCUGUUAAUUAUUGUUAUAAUUUCUACGGAUACCUGUGAACGCAGUUUUUGGUGAGACGGUUGUUACAGCGCGAGAUCAAAACGACAACAAAGAGACAAGAGGAGCUAUAACAAUCGUCAUAUCAUACCAACUAGCCCAAAUCGCCAUGCUUCUAUGUUCGUCAGAGCUUGUAAAGAAUUCCGACAACAUCAGCAUGAGACAUUUGCUUGCUUGACAGUGGUUAUACAUUGUAGACAUAGCGUUUACCAAGAUGGUAUGUUACUGAGCAUCACGCUCGCAUGUUUUAUGGAUUCCAUCAUAGUUUGUUGAUUUGUUCAUGUUGGGCGACGUUGAGUCCUGUGUUCUUGACUUUCGUAGAAGUCUGAACAAUGCAGCAGUAUUUGAGCUCAUUCCUUACUUGUUCAUUUCUGUUGUAAAUAGAAAAAUAAAGUCAGAUAAUGCGUUUUUGUUUGUUCACGGGUUUAUCGCGUACUUACAGCGCAAUUGAGUUCCAUUCAAUGUUUUGUAUGUUUAUGAUCCAUGCGAAAAUUAAAGGAAUUAAGC